AUGGCUUCUUCGGCUUUGAACCAAAAAUCCAAUUUCCAUGCUCGUUCAAACAGCUUGCCUUCUAGUUCUCAUCCAGUUAUUCCUCAAUUAGAGAAGCAUUUUUUGCUUCAAUUGCCUCUCGCACAAAAAUCCAUAGCCCAACAUUGCAAUGAUCAACAGGUUAAUGAUUUGUUGAAAGGGUCUCUCAGGCUCUUGGAUGUGUGUGGUGUGGCCAAGGAUGCUUUAUUGCAGGCCAAGGAAGAUACCCAAGAACUUCAAUCAGUUGUGAGAAGAAGAAGAGGAGAUGAUGCCAGUAUGUUAAGAGAGGUAGAAGGAAUUACCAUCACAGUGUUUGAAUCUCUCCUGUCCUAUAUCGGUGGGACAACGAUGCAACCAAAAUCUACCAACUGGUCUUUGGUGUCCAAGUUGAUGCACUCCAACGCAUAA